GCACCUAGCAGCCGCCGCCCGCCGCCGCACCCCCGCCGGAUCCUGACACACAGCAUCCGCCGGCCCCCGCGGCGCCGCCACCUGCCAGCGGCACAAAUCGGCCGCCGCCCGCGGCCGACCAGCCCACCGGCACACAGCAGCACGACGACGGCGAGUCAGCCCAGCCGUCCCACGACCCCACGCCAGGCGGCCACGCAGCCACACGCAGCUAGCAGCGGCAAGCCGGCGACGCAGAUUCUUCUCUGAAUCUGACCCUCUCCAAUUUUUCUUGAAUCCCUGUAAGCCGCACAGGCUGUUGUGGUAUGGCUCGGAGUUUAACCGAGAACAAGACCAGAACCGCUCUAUUUGUACUUGUGGUAUUUGGGCUCUGUUCCUUCUUCUACCUCCUUGGUGUAUGGCAAAGAAGUGGUUUUGGGAGAGGGGACAGCAUUGCGGCUGUGGUGAAUGAGCAGACCAAAUGUCUGAAACUGCCAAAUCUGAAUUUCGAGACCCACCAUAGUGCAUCGGAUCUUCCGAACGACACUUUCAGUUCUCAAGUUAAAACUUUUGAGCCAUGUGAUGCGGAGUACACUGAUUACACUCCUUGUGAGGAGCAAAAGCGUGCAAUGACCUUCCCUAGGGAUCACAUGAUAUAUCGGGAGAGGCAUUGCCCACCUGAAAACGAGAAGCUGUACUGUCUGAUUCCAGCACCAAGGGGUUAUGUUGCUCCUUUUCCGUGGCCAAAGAGCCGCGAUUAUGUUUCUUAUGCCAAUGUGCCACACAAGAGUCUUACGGUUGAAAAGGCCAUCCAAAACUGGGUGCACUACGAGGGCAACGUUUUCAGGUUUCCUGGUGGUGGAACGCAGUUUCCUGAGGGUGCAGACAAGUAUAUAGACCAGCUUACUUCUGUUAUCCCAAUUACCGAUGGGAAAGUGAGAACUGCACUCGACACUGGUUGUGGGGUUGCCAGUUUGGGUGCUUACCUGUUGAAGAAAAAUGUUUUGACAAUGUCAUUCGCUCCAAAAGAUAAUCAUGAGGCACAAGUACAGUUUGCACUGGAGAGAGGCGUACCUGCAUAUAUCGGUGUCCUUGGAUCAAUGAAGCUCUCAUUUCCAUCCCGAGUCUUUGACAUGGCACAUUGCUCGAGAUGUUUAAUUCCAUGGAGCGGAAGUAACGGUAUGUACAUGAUGGAAGUUGAUAGGGUACUUAGGCCGGGUGGGUAUUGGGUACUAUCAGGCCCACCCAUUGGUUGGAAAAUUCACUACAAGGGAUGGCAACGGACCAAAGACGAUCUCCGGAGUGAGCAGAGAAAAAUAGAACAAUUCGCAGAACUUCUUUGCUGGAAGAAGAUAUCUGAGAAGGAUGGUAUUGCUAUAUGGAGAAAGAGAUUAAAUGACAAAUCUUGCCCGAGGAAACAAGAUAAUUCAAAAGUUGCCAAGUGUGAGUUGACAAGCGAAAGUGAUGUAUGGUAUAAGAAAAUGGAAGCCUGUAUAACUCCGCUUCCUGAGGUUAAAAGCGUGUCAGAGGUUGCUGGUGGUGAACUAGAGCCAUUUCCCCAGAGGCUCAAUGCAGUACCACCUCGGAUAGCCCGUGGUUUUGUACCUGGGUUCUCAGUUCAAACAUAUCAGGAGGACAAUAAACUCUGGCAGAAACAUGUUAAUGCUUACAAGAAAACCAAUGACUUGCUUGAUACUGGAAGGUACCGCAACAUAAUGGACAUGAAUGCAGGUCUUGGUAGCUUUGCUGCUGUACUGGAGUCUCCAAAGCUGUGGGUCAUGAAUGUUGUUCCGUUCAUUGCAGAUACUUCUACUUUAGGUGUAAUCUAUGAGCGAGGAUUAAUAGGAAUGUAUCACGACUGGUGUGAAGGGUUUUCUACUUACCCAAGGACAUAUGACCUCAUCCAUGCUAACGGUGUCUUCAGUUUGUACCAAAACAAGUGUAAAUUUGAAGAUAUACUACUGGAAAUGGACCGGAUCUUACGCCCAGAGGGCGCAGUUAUAAUCCGUGACACAGUUGACGCUCUUGUAAAGGUGGAGAAAAUAGCCAAUGCCAUGAGGUGGGAGACAACACUGGCCGACCAUGAGGGCGGCCCUCGUGUGCCUGAGAAGAUCCUCUUUGCAGUUAAGCAAUACUGGACUGCCGACAGCAAGAGCCGCCGCUAACAUGUCUGGAUUAUUGUUCUCGCUUCUCUUCAGGAUAACUUUUGUCCCUGGCGGCGUUCGUUGCAAGUACACAUUAGACGGCGUGUAGAGAACUGAAGAACCAAGCCAGUGACAAACUAGAGGAGAGUAAAAUAUGUCUUCUAUUUAUCGUUGGUGUUGUAUUUUUCUUUAUUUUUGUUCUUGCUGUAUUCUUGUUUAUUUUUGUUCGUGUUGUAUCUUAGAAAUUCAUGAAGUGGAGAGACAUUGCUGUUUCCUGCAGUACUGAAGCUGAAUAACAUACUAGGAACAGUUUUGAGUCUUGUUAAA